UGAAACUAUUUAAACGGUAUUUCAACGUUUCUGUUCUCAAAGGUGGGAGAAUGUUCUUCAAGUCAGUUGGAAAGAAUUCAAGAGGUCCAAAAGUAGCCCAUGAUGAUAGACAGGUGGUAAGAGGCAUGACAGAAGCGCGGCAUGUUUUUGAUGCCUUCCAUGACAGUUUGAUGGGGGUUCAUACUGACACAACAAAAACUGUUAUUGCUGCAAGAUACUACUACCCUGGUAUUUGGCAUGAUACAAAAAUGGGUUAGCUUGUGAAAUGUGUUCUUUUGUCAAUAAGAGGUUCCCUAGUUCCAUUAUUGAGAUAUUAAAAUUCCAUUACAAACCAAACAUUAUGCUUGGAUUAAGUUUUCAGACACCGUGAAAUCUUAGUUAUUGAAAGUAUUACACUGAUCCCCAGACUUUUCUUACUACCAACAUUAACUAUUUUGCUGUUCUAAGCUUUACUUUGCUGAUUAAUACCCAAGAUCCAAACUAGUCUCAAUCUGAAAAUUUUUCCAGGGCUUUCCAGUAAUAAUGUAAUGACCCAAAAUUGCUUUCUCUUGCCACUAUAGAAUUACAACUUUGUUACUUUGAAUUGUCUUUUGCAUACAUAACAAGGCUUUGUCUCAUAAAGUCGAAGAUGUAAUGAAUCUCUGAAAUAUCUUGAAUUCUUCAGGAUGCUUUCAAGUUGCAAACUUUUUGCACAUUUAAAGGUCUUUGUCAAAAUUUACUGUUUCUAUUGAUAAAAACUAAAGGUCUACUGAAACAUUAUUCUCUAAGCCAGCGGAAAAUCUAUAUGUUCUUAAUUUACAACAAUUUAUUGAUGUCUGUAAAUAUAAGAGAUGUGGUCAUUUGAUUUCAGAUUGAAACUUGUGAUAAAUGCCAAAAGUGAUCAAAGAAGAUCUGCAGCCAAUCAAAGUGAGUCUUCUAAUAUUAAAAAAAAUCAAUUUUUGCAAUUAAGGUCUAUAAAUUUUUGAAAGGAAAGUUCACAAAAAGAUCAUUCAUUACAUCUAGCAGGUACUCUCUCUUGCAAUAAAUGCUAGAUCAUUCAUUACAUCUAGCAGGUACUCUCUCUUGCAAUAAAUGCUAAAUAGAGCUCGAGGUGGUCGUAAAAGAACCCAUUGUUCAUGAAUAACUUGAAAUCAUAUUAAGAAAUCCAGGUAAGAUGAUUAAUUCUUUUCCCUGAGCUUUCUUUCCCUCGAAAAUAUUCUCUCUAAAAAUGUAGUUGUAAAAAACUUGCGCCUCUUUUUGACAGGCAUAUCCAUUUGAGAUGAUCAGAUGAUAGGAAUUGAUCUUUUUGGUCCAUUGAAGAGAACUGCUGAUGGAAACAUGUAUAUUUUUACGGCGACAGACUUUUUUAAAAAGUUGACGGAAGCAUUUCCAAUUCCAAGCAAGAAUGCUGAAGAAAUUGCUAAAUGCAUAAUGAAAUUGUUUUUCCACAACAGUGCUUGCCAUGCUUUUUUGUUGGAUAACGGAGGUGAAUUUGUGAACGAGGUAAAGCUUUUUAUUAACGAGAAAUGUUUCAAAUAUUCAUUAAUUUGUUAAGUGAUGAAAAUAUUUGCAGUCUUUCAUGAAGUAAUUGAUACCGUAUAAGCCCAAAUGAACACGCUUUUGGUGUAGAAGAACCAGAUGAUUCUAAGUUGCUACUCCAAAUAUCAAGCUCAAUGCGACCUUCAGGCAACUCUUAGUUGGAAAGUAUAUUAGGUUGAAGGGAAGGAAGAUUAAUUGAAUAUGAUAAUUUGAUGUUUGUACAAGAAAUAAAGGAUUUCCUAUGUCAGCUGGCAGGCAUUUAUAUAAAUAAUAUGUGAUUUAAACAAAACUUUGGAUGAUAAAUUGGCAUGCGAACUAAGUUAAGAAAAAAAAUACCUUCAGGCAGCUCACUAGCUAAUGCAUGAAAACCAAAAUCUCUUUUCUACAUCUUUAAUCUUAGCUAGAAGAGGCAAAAUGCUUUUCUCUUGGUAGAGGAAUCCUUGUGAACAGAUUUUCUGAUUACUUGUUCAUUUGUCAUUUUGUUCAUAAAUUUUACAAUUUGUAAAGGUUAUUGAAUACUUGAUGAAAGUGCUGGGGACAAAUCAUAAAAAGACAUCAAUGUAUCACCACCAAACCAAUGGACUGGAUGAAAGAACUAAUCAAACAAUCCAACCGUAUUUGUUGCAUUCUACUUUCGGCUAAUUCGACAGACAACUUCUAAGGGAUUGUUUCAGCAUUAAAAUUAUCUCUGAAUUAUAAACUUAAGAGUGUCUUGGAAGCAUUAAUUUUCACUAGUUACUGCAAUAUGUUAUUGUUAAUUAAAAACGUUAUUUUACAGGCGAUUACAUACCUUUCUGAAUGGGCACCCAGAGAAGUGGGACAAUUUUUUAGAUGCUGCACUUUGGUCAAUGCGCUUGAAGCAACAGGCCAUGACAAAGUUUUUGCCAUUGAAAGUGCUUUAUGGUCGGGAGCCCAGAUUUCCCAUCAAACUUGAAGAUUUGCCGGAAACUUUAGAGGUAGUCUAAUUCCGAUGGUCACUACUUAGUGUUUUCAUUUACCUGACGAUAAUGUUCAAAUGUAGAAUUGAACGUACUUCAUUUCUACUUUUAAAUAAUAACAACAGUACAAAAACACUAUUACCGUAAUAUAUUUCACCUUUCCUUAAAUAUUUUUGCAACAAGAUUUCAACAGAAUCUCAAGAUUUGUAUCCAAACUGGAUUUUCUUUAGUUAGAAUUCAGUUAUUUUAAGUUAUACUUACAAUGUUUAGCUCUUUAUUUUGAUUUUAGAUAAACAAAUUAUUACCGAGCAAAGGUGAUAUACAUGCUCACAUGGAUCGUUUCCAAGCUGCCAACGUUAAGCUGUAUGAGAAGCUCUGCUCAAACGUUGCUGUAGCGCAAAGCAAGCAGACAGAAAAGAGAUGCUCAGCAAACAGCCUGAUUUGAAAGUCGGUUCCAAAGUCCUGGUUUCAAAUAUUGGAAUCAAAAGCCAGAAAGGGAGAAAACUGGAACAGAGAUACUCCGGUCCAGUGAGAAUUCGAGGAUGCGUUUUCGUAAAUUUUUCCCGCCGUUUUCAAAUUUUAUUAGAUCCCAGUCUUACUGCGUGAGUGUAUUUGCCAUUUUCAUCACAUAGAAUUAGUAAUAAUGGUAAAUUGUCUUUGGACAAUCAUGAUUGAAAUUACUUAUGGCCAUUGCUGAAAAUUUUUCACUUUUAUGAAAUCAAUUUUGAUUCCAGAGGACAAAGAUACAUCUAUUGAUUUCGAGGGUGAAUAUGAAAGUCUUUGUGCCGUUAUAAUAAUUACAUUGGCGAUCACCACGAAUCUAAGGCUAGACAGGGAGUUCAUCUUUGACGGGAUUAUGAACCAUUCCUAGAUUUAAAGAAAAGUAAAUAAUUGAUUUUGUCUAAAUGUGAAAUUUCUAAAGCGUUUUGAGUUGGGAGAGGUAAAAACGUAAUUUACCUUGAAUCUCGACACGAAAUUUAGCGAUCAUUUGCGAGGUGUUUUUUUAUAUUAUUCUUUGCGAUCGAACAGUGACCCCGAUAUAGGUUAAAUAGCAAUGCAUGAUGAUGAACUGGACAAAAAAUGAAGUGGAAGUUCGCUUUGUAGAGGCGUGCAAUGUUUUUUGUAGACAAUGUGGUAAAAACACGCUGAAAUGGCGAAAAUAGGCCUAAUUCUAGCUGCGAAGCGAUUUUGUUGUGAAAAUCCUGUGUGCUGAUUGGCUUAGAACAUGGUAGCGAACUGAGCUCUCAGCCAAUCAAAGAUUUGACCGCUAUGCUGUAUACGCCUAGCACUGAGGUUUUCAAAAUUCCUAUACAAUGGUUUUUGUAGAAUUCAACUAUAUACCGGUAGAAUCAACCAGUGUGUCUAUCUUAAUAACAGAAAUGCAGCGUGUGACCAUUUUGCACAAUGAAUUUUUUCAGCCAUUAGUUUUAGUGGGACUUCGCCAAUCUUUGCAUCUUCUUAGCACUUGUUUCUUGUUGAUCGCUACAUUACAAGGUAGUUAUCAUAAUAAAAUGAUGCUCGUCUUACAGCAACUUCAUAAUCAACAUUAAUUUAAUACCUAAAUGGCAUACCUGUAGAUCUUUGAAUAGACAUGGGAGAAGAGAGAUAUGACCGAAUAUAUACUUUUGGGAGAAAAAUGAGCUGCCAGAUAAGAAAGUGGCAAUCAAAGAAAGGACAUUAGAAGAGAAGAGCAAGCAAGAAGUCUUUCAUCAGUGGUAGAAAAUUUGAAUAUUAUGACUUCAACAACUACUUACUCCGAAAAGGAAAUAACAAAGACUGCCUGACAGCCAUCCCCAUCCAUCCCACACCCCCACAAAGAGCAGCCUAUAGUUUUCAAAGAAGAGUUUUCAAACUGCAAUUACUUUAAUCUAUAAAUUUUUAAAUUUAUGUUGUCAGAACAAGGGAGCGCAAUCAAAUCAUUCUGUCAGGGAUAGCCCUUGAGAAACCCUGAUUUUAUUGAAACUAUUUAAACCGUAUUGCAACGUUUCUGUUCUCAAAGGUGGGAGAGUGUUCUUCAAGUCAGUUGAAAAGAAUUUAAGAGGUCCAAUAGUAGCCCAUGAUGAUAGGCAGGUGGUAAGAGACAUGACAAAAGCACGGCAUGUUUUUGAUGCCUUCCAUGACAGUUUGAUGGGGGUUCAUACUGACACAACAAAAACUUGUACUGCUAUUGCUACAAGAUACUACAUACUACUGCCCUGGUAUUUGGCAUGAUACAAAAAUGGGUUAGCUUAUGAAAUGUGUUCUUUUGUCAAUAAGAGGUUCCCUAGUUCCAUUAUUGAGAUAUAAAAAUUCCAUUACAAACCAAACAUUAUGCUUGGAUUAAGUUUUCAGACACCGUGAAAUCUUAGUUAUUGAAAGUAUUACACUGAUCCCCAGACUUUUCUUACUACCAACAUUAACUAUUUUGCUGUUCUAAGCUUUACUUUGCUGAUUAAUACCCAAGAUCCAAACUAGUCUCAAUCUGAAAAUUUUUCCAGGGCUUUCCAGUAAUAAUGUAAUGACCCAAAAUUGCUUUCUCUUGCCACUAUAGAAUUACAGCUUUGUUACUUUGAAUUGUCUUUUGCAUAUAUAACAAGGCUUUGUCUCAUAAAGUCGAAGAUGUAAUGAAUCUCUGGAAUAUCUUGAAUUCUUUAGGAUGCUUUAAAGUUGCAAACUUCUUGUCAUUUAAAGGUCUUUGUCAAAAUUUACUGUUUCUAUUGAUAAAAACUAAAGAUCUACUGAUACAUCAUUCUUUAAGCCAGUGGAAAAUCUUUAUGUUCUUAAUUUUACAACAAUUUAUUGGUGUCUGUAAAUAUAGGUGAUGUGGUCAUUUGAUUUCAGAUUGAAACUUGUGAUAAAUGCCAAAAGUGAUGAAAGAAGAUCUGCAGCCAAUCAAAGUGAGUCUUCUAAUAUUUCAAGUAAAUAAAUUUUUGCAAUUAAGGUCUGUAAAUUUUUGAAAGGGCAGUUCACAAAAAGAUCAUUCAUCACAUCUAGCAGAUAUUCUCUCUUGCUAAUUAGAGCUUGAGGUGGUCGUAAAAGAACCCAUUGUUCAUGAAUAACUUGAAUUCAUAUUAAGAAAUCAGGGUAAGAUGACUAAUUUUUAUCCCUGACCUUUCUUUUGCUCGAAAAUAUUCCCCCUGAAAAUGUAGUUGUAAAAAACUUGUGCCUCUCAUUGACAGGCAACAUAUCCAUUUGCGAUGAUGGGAAUUGAUCUUUUUGGUCCAUUAAAGAAAACUGCAGUUGGAUAUAUUUUUACGGCGACAGACUUUUUUACAAAGUUGACGGAAGCAUUUCCAAUUCCAAGCAAGAAUGCCAAAGAAGUUGCUAAAUGCAUAAUGAAGUUGUUUUUCCACCACGGUGCUUGUAAUGUAUCUAGCCUGUAAUCAAUCUAUAUGUCAUGAUCUCUGUAUCAUGUUUGUAAUGUACUGAUGUCACUAUGCUUUGUACUCUGUUGUUGUUGAUUGAUUGUAACCUGAUUCAUGUAUUAUAAGUAAUUGUAAUUAAUAAUGUAAGUCAGUGGUGAUUCAGAAUAUGAUGAAUACAGGCGUAUAAACCAGUGUCCUUUAUUAGCGUUGACGCUACAUGGUUGCCAUGCUUUUGUGUCGGAAAGGGAGGUGUAUUUGUGAACGAGGUAAAGCUUUUUAGUAACGAGAAAUGUUUCAAAUAUCCUUUAAUUCGUUAAGUGAUGAAAAUUUUUGCAGUAUGUCAUAAAGUAAUCACUACCGUAUAAGCCAAACUGAACACGCUUUCAGUGUAGAAGAACCAGAUGAUUCUAAGUUGCUAUUCCAAUAUCACGCUCAAUGCGACCUUGAGGCAACUCUUAGUUGGAAAGUAUAUUAGGUUGAAGGGAAGGAAGAUUGAUUUAAUAUAAUAAUAUGAUGCUUGUACAAGAAAUAAAGGAUUUCCUAUGUCAGCUGGCAGGCAUUUAUAUAAAUAAUAGGUGAUUUAAGCAAAACUUUGGAUGAUAAAUUGGCAUGCGAACUGAGUUAAGAAAAAAAAUACCUUCAGGCAGCUCACUUUUUAGCUAAUGAAUGAAAACCAAAAUCUCUUUUCUACAUCUUUAAUCUUAGCUAGAAGAGGCAAAACGUCUUUUCUCUUGAUAGAGGAAUCUUGUGAACAGAUUUCCUGAUUACUUUUCAUUUGUCAUUUUGUUUAUAAAUUUUACAAAUUGUAAAGAUUAUUGAAUACUUGAUGAAAGUGCUGGGGACAAAUCAUGAAAAGACAGCAAUGUAUCACCCCCAAACCAAUGGACUGGACGAAAGAACUAAUCAAACAAUCCAAUCGUAAUUAGAUCAAGAUUUGUUGCAUUCUUCUUUUGGCUAAUUCAACAGACAACUUCUAACGGAUUGUUUCAGCAUUCAAAUUAUCUCUGAAUUAUAAACUUAAGACUGUCUUGGAAGCAUUAAUUUUCACUAGUUACUGCAAUAUCUUAUUGUUAAUCAAAAACGUUAUUUUACAGGCGAUUACGUACCUUUCUGAAUGGGCACCCAGAGAAGUGGGACAAUUUUUUAGAUGCUGCACUUUGGUCAAUGCGCUUGAAGCAACAGGCCAUGACAAAGUUUUUGCCAUUGAAAGUGCUUUAUGGUCGGGAGCCCAGAUUUCCCAUCAAACUUGAAGAUUUGCCGGAAACUUUAGAGAUAAACAAAUUAUUACCGAGCAAAGGUGAUAUAGAUGCUCACAUGGAUCAUUUCCAAGCUGCCAACGUUAAGCUGUAUGAGAAGCUCUGCUCAAACGUUGCUGUAGCGCAAAGCAAGCAGAAAGAAGCAGACAGAAAAGAGAUGCUCAGCAAACAGCCUGAUUUGAAAGUCGGUUCCAAAGUCCUGGUUUCAAAUAUUGGAAUCAAAAGCCAGAAAGGGAGAAAACUGGAACAGAGAUACUCCGGUCCAGUGAGAAUUCGAGGAUGCGUUUUCGUAAAUUUUUCCCGCCGUUUUCAAAUUUUAUUAGAUCCCAGUCUUACCGCGUGAGUGUAUUUGCCAUUUUCAUCACAUAGAAUUUAAUAAUGGUCAAUUGUCUUUGGACAAUCAUGAUUGAAAUUACUUUGGGCUAUUGCUGAAAAUUUUUCACUUUUAUGAAAUCAAUUUUGAUUCCAGAGGACAAAGAUACAUCUAUUGAUUUCGAGGGUGAAUAUGAAAGUCUUCGUGCCGUUGUAAUAAUUACAUUGGCGAUCACCACGAAUCUAAGGCUGGACAGUGAGUGCAUCUUUGACGGGAUUAUGAACAAUUCCUAGAUUUAAAGGAAAGUAAAUAAUUGAUUUUGUCUAAAUGUGAAAUUUCUAAAGCGUUUUGGGUUGGGAGAGGUAAAAACGUAAUUUACCUUGAAUCUCGACACGAAAUUUAGCAAUCAUUUGCAAGGUGUUUUUUUAUAUUAUUCUCUGCAAUCGAACAAUGAGGCCAAUAUAGGUUAAAUAGCAAUGCAUGACGAUGAACUGGACAAAAAAUGAAGCGGAAGUUCGCUUUGUAGAGGCGUGCAAUGUUUUUUGUAGACAAUGUGGUAAAAACACGCUGAAAUGGCGAAAAUAGGCCUAAUUCUAGCUGCGAAGCGAUUUUGUUGUGAAAAUCCUGUGUGCUGAUUGGCUUAGAACAUGGUAGCGAACUGAGCUCUCAGCCAAUCAAAGAUUUGACCGCUAUGCUGUAUACGCCUAGCACUGAGGUUUUCAAAAUUCCUAUACAAUGGUUUUUGUAGAAUUCAAUUAUAUACCUGUAGAAUCAACCAGUGUGUCUAUCUUAAUAACAGAAAUGCAGCGUGUGACCAUUUUGCACAAUGAAAUUUUUCAGCCAUAAGUUUUAGUGGGACUUCGCCAAUCUUUGCAUUAUCUUAGCACUUGUUUCUUGUUGAUCGCUACAUUACAAGGCAGUUAUCAUGAUAAAUUGAUGCUGUUCUUACAGCAACUUCAUAAUCAACAUUAAUUUAAUACCUCAAUGGCAUACCUGUAGAUCUUUGAAUAGACAUGGGAGAAGAGAGAUAUGACCGAAUAUAUACUUUUGGGAGAAAAAUGAGCUGCCAGAAAAGAAAGUGGCAAUCAAAGAAAGGACAUUAGAAGAGAAGAGCAAGCAAGAAGUCUUUCAUCAGUGGUAGAAAAUUUGAUUAUUAUGACUUCAACAACUACUUACUCCGAAAAGGAAAUAGCAAAGACUGCCUGACAGCCAUCCCCAUCCAUCCCACACCCCCACAAAGAGCAGCCUAUAGUUUUCAAAGAAGAGUUUUCAAACUGCAAUUACUUUAUUCUAGAAUUUUUUAAAUUUAUGUUGUCAGAACAAGGGAGCGCAAUUCAUUCUGUCAGGGAUAGCCCUUGAGAAACCCUGAUUUUAUUGAACCUAUUUAAACCGUAUUGCAACGUUUCUGUUCUCAAAGGUGGGAGAAUGUUCUUCAAGUCAGUUGAAAAGAAUUCAAGAGGUCCAAUAGUAGCCCAUGAUGAUAGGCAGGUGGUAAGAGACAUGACAAAAGCACGGCAUGUUUUUGAUGCCUUCCAUGACAGUUUGAUGGGGGUUCAUACUGACACAACAAAAGCUUGUACUGCUAUUGCUGCAAGAUACUACUGCCCUGGUAUUUGGCAUGAUACAAAAAUGGGUUAGCUUGUGAAAUGUGUUCUUUUGUCAAUAAGAGGUUCCCUAGUUCCAUUAUUGAGAUAUUAAAAUUCCAUUACAAACCAAACAUUAUGCUUGGAUUAAGUUUUCAGACACCGUGAAAUCUUAGUUAUUGAAAGUAUUACACUGAUCCCCAGACUUUUCUUACUACCAACAUUAACUAUUUUGCUGUUCUAAGCUUUACUUUGCUGAUUAAUACCCAAGAUCCAAACUAGUCUCAAUCUGAAAAUUUUUCCAGGGCUUUCCAGUAAUAAUGUAAUGAACCAAAAUUGCUUUCUCUUGCCACUAUAGAAUUACAGCUUUGUUACUUUGAAUUGUCUUUUGCAUACAUAACAAGGCUUUGUCUCAUAAAGUCGAAGAUGUAAUGAAUCUCUGGAAUAUCUUGAAUUCUUUAGGAUGCUUUAAAGUUCCAAACUUCUUGUCAUUUAAAGGUCUUUGUCAAAAUUUACUGUUUCUAUUGAUAAAAACUAAAGAUCUACUGAUACAUCAUUCUUUAAGCCAGUGGAAAAUCUUUAUGUUCUUAAUUUUACAACAAUUUAUUGGUGUCUGUAAAUAUAAGAGAUGUGGUCAUUUGAUUUCAGAUUGAAACUUGUGAUCAAUGCCAAAAGUGAUGAAAGAAGAUCUGCAGCCAAUCAAAGCAAAAUAUCCAUUUGCGAUGAUGGGAAUUGAUCUUUUUGGUCCAUUAAAGAGAACUGCAGACAGAAACACAUAUAUUUUUACGGCGACAGACUUUUUUACAAAGUUGACGGAAGCAUUUCCAAUUCCAAGCAAGAAUGCCAAAGAAGUUGGUAAAUGCAUAAUGAAAUUGUUUUUCCACCAUGGUGCUUGCCAUGCUUUUUUGUUGGAUAAUGGAGGUGAAUUUGUGAAUGAGAUAAGCAAAUUAUUACCGAGCAAAGGUGAUAUACAUGCUCACAUGGAUCGUUUCCAAGCUGCCAACGUUAAGCUGUAUGAGAAGCUCUGCUCAAAUGUUGCUGUCGCGCAAAGCAAGCAGAAAGAAGCAGACAGAAAAAAGAUCCUCAGCAAACAGCCUGAUUUGAAAGUCGGUUCGAAAGUCCUGGUUUCAAAUAUUGGAAUCAAAAGCCAGAAAGGGAGAAAACUGGAACAGAGAUACUCCAGUCCAGUGAGAAUUUCCGAAAUUCAAGGCAAUAGAUUCUUUCUUGUAGAUAUGGAGGGGAAUGUAUUGAAAAAACCAGUCCAUAAAACCAGGCUCAAAUUAUACAAGGAGCAGAAAGGCAAUGGAGCCUUCCCUUCUCCCAUCGGAGCAAGGAUAGUGAAAGAUGAAGAUGUUCGUUGUAAGAAUAAAUUUUGCUUACUUAUUCUACAUAAAACGGCAGGAAAAUUUCGAGGAUUGAAACUUGUGAUAAAUGCCAAAAGUGAUGAAAGAAGAUCUGCAGCCAAUCAAAAGAGAACUGCAGAUGGAAACACAUAUAUUUUGACGGCGACAGACUUUUUUACAAAGUUGACGGAAGCCUUUCCAAUUCCAAGCAAGAAUGCCAAAGAAGUUGCUAAAUGCAUAAUGAAAUUGUUCUCCACCACGGUGCUUGCUAUGCUUUUUUGUUGGAUAACGGAGGUGAAUUUGUGA